UAUUUAUCUUUGAUCAUUAACUUGUAACUCCUGAUAAUGUAAUGAAUUUAUUGAGGAUCCUUAUCAGUAAUUUCGUAAAAGCAAUAACAUGAAUAAAAGAUAAGAAUAAAUUUGAAUAAAGAUGUACAGUAGUUGUGUUUGUGCCAUACGAUUUUCAACAUGCAUUUGAAGAAAGAUCUGAUUAUUCAUCAUGCCAAGGUAUUCCAGCAGCUAAGAAGUUAUUCAAUCAGUGUUUUAAAGAGCAAAAUUGACCCACAUUCAGCCAAAUAUGCGGAGAAUUAUGCAAGUAUGUCUGCACUGGUCCAAACCUUGCAUGACAAAACUAGCAAGGUCCUACAGGGCGGAGGUGACAAGGCCGUCACCAAACACACUAGCAAAGGCAAAUUACUAGCCAGAGACCGCAUAAACUUGCUCCUCGACAAGAACAGUGCAUUUUUAGAACUAUCUACUUUAGCGGCCAAUGAAAUGUAUGAUGAUGUGAUUAAUUCCGCUGGCAUUGUUACGGGAAUAGGCAGGAUUCAUGGUAAUGAAUGUGUUGUGGUGGCGAACGAUGCCACUGUAAAGGGAGGCACAUAUUAUCCGAUGACAGUAAAGAAACACGUUAGGGCUCAGGAAAUUGCCCAGGAGAAUAAUCUGCCUUGUAUUUAUCUGGUGGACAGUGGCGGGGCUAAUUUGCCACACCAGUCGGAGGUUUUUCCAGACAGGGACCAUUUCGGCAGGAUAUUUUUUAAUCAGGCUAAUAUGUCGGCCCGCCAGAUACCGCAAAUUGCAGUAGUUAUGGGUCUAUGUACGGCGGGGGGCGCCUACGUGCCCUCAAUGGCCGACGAGUCCGUCAUAGUAAAAAACCAAGGAACCAUUUACCUCGCAGGGCCCCCCUUGGUAAAAGCCGCCACCGGAGAACAAGUUUCGGCUGAAGAGUUGGGGGGCGCAGACCUGCACUGCGCCCAAUCGGGCGUCACCGACCAUUACGCCCUUGACGACGGCCACGCCCUAAAAAUCGCCCGGGAAAUCGUGAAAAACCUUAACAGGAAGGGGGCGAGUAGGUUCGGAAACGCUUUCGAGGACCCUUUGUAUAAUCCCGAGGAAAUCUAUGGGAUAAUCAACAAGGACAUCAUGAAACCCUUUGACAUAAGAGAGGUUAUCGGGAGGGUGUUUGAUGGGUCAAAACUAGACGAAUUCAAGAAGAAAUAUGGGGAAACCCUUGUGUGUGGCUUCACCAAAUUAUACGGGGAAACGGUGGGGGUCUUAGGGAACAAUGGGGUGCUAUUCAGCGAAAGUGCCCUCAAGGGGGCGCAUUUUAUCCAGUUGUGUUGCCAGAGGGACGUCCCCUUGGUGUUUUUGCAAAAUAUCACAGGGUUUAUGGUGGGGAGACAAGCAGAAACAGGUGGGAUUGCAAAGAACGGGGCGAAGUUGGUCACCGCAGUGGCCUGCGCCCAAGUGCCCAAGAUCACCGUCAUCAUUGGGGGCUCUUAUGGGGCGGGGAACUACGGUAUGUGCGGUAGGGCCUACUCUCCCCGUUUCCUCUACAUGUGGCCCAACGCUCGUAUUUCCGUGAUGGGGGGUCCCCAGGCGGCCGGGGUCCUCUCCCAGGUGGCCAACAAACAGUGGAAAGAGGGCGAGCAGGAGAGUUUCGAACAGAAAAUCGUCGAUAAAUUCGACAGGGAGGGAUCCCCAUAUUUUAGUACCGCACGGUUAUGGGAUGACGGAGUGAUAGACCCGAAGGACACGAGGAAGGUGCUGGGGCUAAGUUUGGCGGCCGCGUUGAAUAAAAAGACCCCGAAAACUGAGUUCGGCAUAUUUAGGAUGUAAAUAUGGUCUUUUCUUUAUUAUAAAUAAAUAAAUGUAUUGGAUGUAAAUUUA